AUGGCAGCUGUGUAUGUGGCUACCCGGAAGGGACGAAUAAGGGGGAAGAAAGCGGCUUCCAUCCCUACCAUUCAGUUUCCUUCCGAAGAAGACAGCAUCCUCAUCGCAGAGCUUCACCGGCAAGUCCUCAGGUAUUCUUGUCCUCCUCUCCCUUUCAAUCCCGUGACUGUGCAAUGCCGCGACAGCACCAUCGGAGACACAUGGCAGCGCAGGAAAGUUUGUCUGAGCAAGGACAAGCUUCUGCUCGGAAAAGUCGGAGCGAUGGACGUGAUUGACUACAUACCGCUGGAUGAGGUCAUGGCCGUCGUGUCCAAGACAGCUCCAUCAGAACAAACAGAAGACAAGUCCCAUAACCAAGGAGAGAAGAGGGCCAGCAUCAAGCGAUCGACAACUCUGAGGAUAGACGACGACGAGCUGGACGAGAAGAUCUUCAUCAUCACGACCAUACCCGAGGGACACAACUCGGGCAAGUCGACAGUGCUGCUGGCAUCGAGCAAGGAUGAGCGAGACACUUGGAUCACAGCUAUCCACCAAGCUGUCAAAGUCUAUCUCAAGGAAAAGCUACGGCAAGGAGAAACGAAGCUAGAGAGGCGACAGAGGCAGCUGAGAAGAAUCUACUCGAGCACAGCAAGUCAGCUCUUCUUCUCGGCUGUGAUCAUGGCGUCUUUCAUUUGCGCCAUCCUGUCGGCGCAGCUGCAGCCUCCAGACGGCUCGCAACAAGCGAGAGCGUUCAGAGCCUUGGAAAUAACCUACACGUGCAUCUUCGCAUUUGAGCUGGUAGUCAACGUGCUGAGCAACUGGUACUGGCCGUUCGUAUCGGACGGGGGCGACGCGCAUGGGGAUGCAGACUUCGUGGUCGUGAUGAUAACUGUUCUUUCGGAGAUCAUCCAAGGGGUGCCUGGGCUGAGCGCGCUACGUCUGAUUCGUAUCUUCAAGAUGAUACGAGUGUUCAGGAUGCUCAACUCGUUCCGCGUGCUGAUCAACGCCCUGUCGUCUUCGGUCAUUCCUGUGCUGAACGCGUUCUGCAUCUUGCUUAUCUUCACGUCGAUCUUCGCGAUCAUCGGGACGAACGUGUUUGCUGGGAGGAGCGAGGACUUCUUCGGGAACUUUUUGAAGUCGAUGUUCACCCUCUUUCAAAUGGCAACGGGAGACUCCUGGGCGUCUGCAACGGCGAUGUACUUUGUGGUCUACAUGCUCAUCGUCAACGUGGUGCUGAUGAACAUCGUGGUGGCUGUACUGCUGGACGAGUUCAUCUCGACGGUCGAGCGAGAGCGCAGCGAGAAGAAGGCCAGGAACGAGGAGACCCUCAUCGGACUCGUGAGGGAGUUUCACGCAAGAGGCCCGCUGGACCCACUGGUGACAAGCCUGAUGGACUUCUCGACGCUGGAGGAGCUGUCGUUGAAGAUCUUCCAGCUCUAUCAGAAGAUGGACCUGGACGAGUCCGGGUCAGUCAACCUCGAGGAGCUCAACUUCGGGCUCAAGAAGCUCAAGCUGAGCCCUCCCGUGACGCUGACGGAGGAGGAUUGGGACGCGAUCACGGACUCCCGGAAGCUGCUGAACUCGCAGGAGGAGCUGGGGCCAGAAGAGUUCGAGACGAUGAUCCUGACGCAGAUGUCGAACUAUGUGCAUCGCAAGGUUGCUACGGCGAUCAAGAACGAGGCGCAGGAGUUCAACUACGACGUCCUGUUUGCAAUCAAGUCGCUGCUAUUCUCAGUGGACAAGAUAGACAACCCGAUCUUCAAGUCGAAGAAACAGACUCCACGGAAGUCGAAGAGGGAGAUCUUGAAGAAGCUCUUCAACUCUCCUGUUCACAACGCUUUCUCGCACUGGAAGUCGACUGUGACAAUUGCAAACUCUUUGCCAGAGACGAAGUAUGCGAAUCUGGAGGAGAUUCACGUUUGCAUUCAAAGAAUGGAAUCUACUCUGAGCAAGAUCGUCUCGGAUCCUUCCCCAGGUAGACCCCAGGACCUUCACAUCCUCCGACUCACCGACGCCGUGGAGAAGAUACAGUCGUCCAUGUCGCGGCACGACGACACCUUGAGAAGGAUAGAGGAGAAGAUGUCUCGGAUGGAGAGGCACGGGAGCGAAGGGCCCAAGCGGCCGCAUGGAGGAGCGAACGGGGGAGGGCAACGAGGAGAGGAGGGGCAGUCGCAGGUGGGGACGAUGCUGGGGUCAGACAUCAUCGUGGUAGGGAAGGGCAAGCAGGAGGAGCGAGAGGAGGUCAAGCUCCAGAGCUUGUCUCAGCUGACAGCCAAGAAGAAGAUGGGGAGGAUGCAGAAAGUUCACUCGAUGCCGAUCCAUUCAGAAACCCCGAAACACGAGAAGCUCAACGGGAGCAGCUCAGCCGUCUACCCCGGACCCUCGCAAGCUUCGCCGCAGUCCUCCAAGAGACUUGACAAGUUCCUUCCCAACGGGGACCCUCCCGACGGAGAUCGCCCGAGGCUUCCGGCCGAGACGUGCAGGGGCAAGGGAGACUACGUGAAGCUGUCAUGGAGGGAGGGAGAGCAGGCGACAGGGGCGAUGGGGAAGACUUUGACGGGGAAGUACGUAGGGGGGAAGCUGAGGGUAGAGGAGGAGGGGGGGGAGGUGCGAGAGGUGGAGCUAGACAGGAGCAUUCAUCAGGCGAUCAGCAAGAUCCGCGUGCUGAGGUUUGAGAGACAAUGA